AUGAGCCACUGCACCGGCCUCACUGGCAUCAGCAGGCAUGCUCCCACCAUUUUCCCAGGGAAUUGCCAGAGCUUUGGACUGCAGAAAUGAGAAGACAUGCUGUAAAAGCACGUGGAGUUCUGGAAGCAACAGAACCUGGAUGACACACUUUCAUGACAGCCCCCAGAGGUGGUCAGGCUGUACAAUGCCAGCAGCAUCUGCAGCCACAGCCACAAAGGCAGCCCUGUCUGGUACCACAUCAUAGGAGGCCCAGGGGCCUCUUCCUCUGGGCCCCCCAGACAGGGGAAGCUCGGGAACAAGUUCCAGAGCUGUGAGCUGCUUCUGCAGAAGUGUGAGCUGCAGAGUCAGAAGCUGGAGAAGAAGGUUUAGAAAAUCAUAGUGAUUUUUGAUCUUCAAGGACUGGGCCUGAGACAUCUAUGGAAGCCAGGAGUGGAGUUUGCCCAGGAAUUUCUCUCAGCAUUUGAGUCCAAAUGCCCUGAGAUUUUGAAGAAUUUGAUUGUUGUGAGAGCCCCCAAGGUAUUUUGGGCCUUUGCCCUGGUCAAGUCAUACUUGAGUGAGGAGACAUGCAGGAAGUCGGUGAUUCUGGGAGGUGACUGGGCACAGGAGCUCAUAAAGUUCAUUAAUCCAGACUUCCUGCCUAUGGAGUUUGGGGGGGCUAUGACUGACCCUGAUGCCAACUCCAAGUGCUUGAUCAAAAUCAACUAGAGGAGUGAGGUGCCUAGGAGCUUCUACCUUCACAACCAGGUGAGGGCACAGUAAGAGCACUCAGAGUCUAUGGGCUGCGGCUCUUCCCUACAGGUGGAGAAUGAGAUCCUGUUCCCAGGCUGUGUGCUCAGGCGUCAAUUCUAAUCAAAUGGUGGGGACAUCAGCUUUGGAGUUUUCCUGAAGACCAAGAUGGGGGAGCAGCAGAGGGCUUGCAAGAUGAUAGAGGUGCUGCCCAGCCAGCACUACAAUGCCCACCUGGUGCCCCAGGAUGGGAGCCUCAUCUGUUUCAAGGCUGGUGUCUAUGUCCUGAGGUUUGACAAUACCUACAGCCUGGUUCAUUGUAAACACAUCAGCUACACUGGGGAGGUGCUGUUCCCAGACCAAAUCUUCAUAGAGAAGAUGGAGAAAUUCUAG